AUGAACCGUAUUAUUGGGAAAGGCUGUUUGUUUGCGAUUGUAUUGGCAUCACUACUGAUCACACAAACGUUGGGCGCCGCUAUUGAUCCACCAAGGCGACCACAUAAUGUGAAACCAUUCAAUAAUGGUAAGCCCGAACUUCAAAGAAGAGCAAAUGAACCUUUUUUUGAAAUAGAUGUCAAAAGUUUGAACACAAACUCGCCGAUAUCAGAAUUGUGUAAAAAAGAUUUGCACAUCAUUGAAUCCUCACAAGAACUUUUUCACUUACAAAACCAAUGUGAAUUUAUACUGGGGUCCUUACAAGUCUCAAACUAUGACUCUAACAUCUUAGACUUGAACAGUUUGAGAGCCAUCGGUGGUGAUCUGAUUAUCCAAGAUUCGCCUGAACUGAUCAGAAUCCAGGCUGGAAACUUAAAUAAAAUCGAAGGGCUCUUCCAAUUACAAGGACUAACCUCUUUGGUUUCUGUUGAAAUUCCAACCUUGAAAUUUUGUCGGUCGCUGGAGUGGAAAGUUGUUCCGAUCUUGAACUACGUGUCCAUGGAUUCUCAGAACAUUGAGAUUAUUAAAGAUAUUAUCAUAUCGGAUACUUCAUUAGCCAACAUCGAGAACUUCAACAAGGUUCAGGAAAUUGAUACUUUCAAUAUCAAUAAUAAUAGAUUUUUAGAAACCAUUCAUUCGAAUGUUAAAACCAUCAGGGGACAAUUCAGUGUUCAUGCCAACGCUAAGGAGCUAGAACUCGAAAUGCCACACUUGAGAGAAGUGGAAAACAUCACGAUUAGAGACACAUCUUUAGUCUAUCUGCCACAAUUGACAAAAGUGAGGAGCUCUUUAGAGUUCAUCGAAAACUACUUUUACGAAUUGAACCUGAACAAUCUGCAAAAAAUUGGUGGGACAUUAGGAAUUAUCAACAAUGUAAAUUUAAUGAAAAUUGAUUUGGAAAACGUAACAGACAUCCAAGGUGGCCUAAUGAUUACCGAUAACGAAUCCCUCGAGGAUAUUACUUUCCUGCCAAACUUGAAGCAAAUUGGAGGUGCCAUUUUCUUCGAAGGUUCUUUCAAAGAUAUCAUGUUCGAUAGCUUGAAACUGGUAAAAGGCAGCGCUUUUAUUAAGAGUUCAUCGAACGUGUUGGAUUGCAAUAAAUGGACAAAUCCAUCAAAUGGAAGGUCAAUCAUAAGAGGUGGAAAAUUCACUUGUAUUUCUGGUAAGGAGGAAAAUACGCUGAACGUGAAGCAGGAUGGUACAAUCAUAGAAAAAGGCUACAAGGAUUUAACGCAGGAAGGGGACGACUCAAAGAGAAGAGUGAUUUCAAAAUUCACAAACUCGGCAAGCCCAAGCAAACAAUUGGAUCUCCUUCUUCUUGGCACAUGCCUUGUUGCUAUGUUAUUGCUUUAA